AUGGCUAAAUUUUAUCGGAGGGGUGUUCUGAUUACAGUACAUUUGCUCGUUCACAAUUUUGAGGUUAACCAUCCCAUCCCAACUUUCGAUGAUCGAGUGUUCACCAGAGCUAAGGGAUUCACUGAUCAUUUGGAAAAGAGGUAGCUGUUCUAAGGAACGAAGGAGAUUGCAAAUUGCGCAUUUGUGCUCAUUAGAAAGACAGCAAUCUUUGUCCAAUUUGAUGGUGAAGAUUUUGUCAAGACCUGUUUGAAAAAUGAAAAGUUGAAUAGUUAGAAUGAUGCUGUGAGUGUGGUGAUGGUUAUGGUGGUGAUAAUGGUGGUAAUGAUGGUUGUGGUAAUAAUGGUCAUGGUUAUAAUGAUGGUCAUGGUGGUGAUAAUGGUGCUGGUGGUGAUAAUGGUGGUGGUGGUAAUGAUGGUGGUGGUAAUGAUAAUCAUGGUGAUGGUAAUGGUGGUAAUGAUGGUAAUGGUGGUAAUGAUAAUCAUGGUGAUGGUAAUGGUGGUAAUGAUGGUCAUGGUGGUGAUAAUGAUGGUGGUGGUAUAAUGAUAAUCAUGGCGAUGGUAAUGGUGGUAAUGAUGGUCAUGGUGGUAAUGAUGGUGGUGGUAAUAAUGGUCAUGGUGGUGGUGAUGAUAGUCAUGGUGGUGAAUAUGGUGGCAAUGAUGGUAAUGGUGGUAAUGAUGGUGAUGGUAAUGACGGCCAUGGUGGUGAUAAUGGUGGUGGUGGUGGUGAUGAUGGUCAUGGUGGUGAAUAUGGUGGUAAUAAUGGUAAUGGUGGUGGUGAUGGUAAUGAUGGUCAUGGUGGUAAUGAUGAUGGUGGUAAUUAAUGAUGGUGGUGAUGAGUGA